AUGGAUCGCUCCGGUGGGCUCGCCUCGAGACAGGGAAGCAUAUCCCACAUGCCAUGGCCCUCUGAGACAUCCGCAUUUACAUCUCAUCUCCGAAAAUGCUCUGUCGAGUCUGCUAUGGAAAGGCAACUGGGAUUUGAUCGCUCACAUCCAUCUCUCAGCAGUUAUUACUUCCAACUGUCAGGCCAAGACGGCAGAGAUGCUAUCAGAGAGCCGCAGCAAAUGGCCUAUCCCAGCCAGCAGCAAAUGAACAACAUCAUGGCGAUGAGUCCCGUGGCAGCUACUCCUGCAUCUCGAGGUCUCGCCUCGAGCAACUGGCGUACUAUUGGCCAAGAAGGAAACAAUUUCACGAGAGCACAUUCGCGAGCUCAGCCAAGCUCGAGUUUUGCCAUGGCGCCAAUGGAACAAGGCGACGCACGAGGAACUGUGGCCGGAUCUGGCCUUGUUUCUUCUACCACCGGCGGUAUGAGCGAUGGAUAUGCGUAUUACCUGAAUCGUGGUGAUGGGCAGGUGACCAGGCUCAUACCGGCCGACGUGCUGCCAUCUUUGAAUGAGAUCCCGCCGAGGGAGCUCGAGCAACGAGGAAUGAUCGUUUUGCCAUUGCCGCGAGGUAUGCGGCCCAGUGGAACUGCGGAUAUGAACUUUGCAGUGACAGUCAAGAACCAGAUCGACCGCAUCGUUGCCACAAACCCGAAUGUGCACAAGAGGAACAAGGUAUACUGCGACAUGUGGAUCCACGAGGGCAGAUGUGCCUUCACCCAGACAGGAUGCAAGUUCAAACACGAGAUGCCCCUAGACGAAGAGACCCAGAGAACCCUGGGGCUUUUCCAAGGUCUUCCCAGUUGGUUCAAGAAGCAGCAGGAGGAGUCGGCCAUGAGAACAGCCCGGGAGAGUUCUAGUUCCAGUUGUGAAGCCUCACCUACGACAGCAUCGUCGAGAAGCUCGGAUUUUGCUUGGCAGAAUGUUGCGCUGGGUAGUAUUCCGGGAACGGUGGAUUCUUUGAUGGCGAUGUCGCAGGAUAACAACAAGUUUGCUUUCCAGACGCUAUCCGCCCAUCUCAAAUGA